AGCCGUUUUGGCUCAGGCUGUCUUGGCGCAGGGUUCGGUAGAGAAGCAAGCUCGCGGCCUCUGCCGCCCAGUUUUUGCACUAGACGCCAUGGCGGAGGAGGAGGCCGCCGCCACCACGGCUGCGGAGGAGCCGAAGGAGGCGAAGUUCGAGGGCGUGGUGACUGGCAAGUACAACUGGGGCGCGGACACGAAGAACAGGGCCGCGGACGCAGACAUCGCGGGCGAGGCCAUCACGAAGUACGCCUGGUCGGACGGGAAGAAAACGGUGAGCGUCUACGUGGAGAUGGAGGGUUUGGAUGACGUGGCCGACGAGGCCUUGACCACCGAGUCGGGGGAGAAGGAUUGCUCGCUCACCAUCGCCGCGAUCGGCAGCCCCCCGAAGAAGAAAACACUGACGCUCUCGGGAGUGAGCAACGAGAUCGAUGGCGUGAAGCUGACGAGGAAGAAGGGCAAGAACAUGGUGGUGCUGAAGUUGCAGAAAAAGGAGGAGAAGUCGUGGUUUCAGCUCCUCGAGGGCAGCGGCGGCGGUGGCGGCGGAGACGACGACGACAUGGGCGGCAUGGGCGGCAUGAUGGGCGGCAUGGGCGGCAUGAUGGGUGGCAUGAUGGGCGGCGGCAUGAUGGGCGGCGGCAUGAUGGGCAUGUGAGCGGCGGCCUCCACCAUCACCUCACCCUCGCCUCCUGGGCGCUUGUUGCUCGCUUGUGCGUUUGGAGAGCGCGGGCGUACCUACUCGAGCACUGCACCGGGCGUGCCACCGCCCAGGGGUGGGUCCCUUCCGAUGGGCCGAGGAGUUCUCAGUAGCCGUGUUCCCUGCUUCUCCUCUGGUCAUGUCGGCGGCGCGGAGGCGGUCGUGUCAGCAGCGUAGGUGUUCUAUGUAAUGGCCUUCAGCCCAUCCCACCACCAUAACUCAAUUGUGAGUCAAAGUUCUCAAGAAUACUACUUCAAAUCUCUU